AUGCCUCCAAAAAACGUUGAAACAAGAAAAUGGAAACCUCCAAAGGGUCCAAAGAACACCCCCCACAAGAACAAGAAUACCAUUGGUCUCGGAAGAACCAUUAAGAAUGCAAAGGCUUUGCAGAACCAAGUGUAUUAUCUUCCCGAUGGGCAGAUGAGAUUCACGACAGAUAAACACGAAGCGGAUUGGGUGAAAUUGAGAUCUGUCACCCAGGAGAAUGCGUUAGAUGAGUUUUUGAACACUGCCCAGUUGGCAGACACAGAUUUCACUGCUGACAAACACUCAAGUGUGAAGAUUAUUCGGGUCAACAACCAAGCGGUUGACACAGGAAGUUACAACCCAUAUCUCCUAACGUCUGCGGAAGAGGCAAAUAAGUUCAAAGUGCAAAAGGAACACAUCAAGGACCUAAUUGUUCCAAGGAGACCAGCAUGGGACUCCAACACUACCAAAUUUGAACUUGAGCGAAUGGAGAGUGACGCUUUUUUGGAAUGGAGAAGACGUUUGGCUGUGUUGCAGGAAGACCAUGACUUGCUAUUAACCCCGUUUGAAAGAAACAUCAUGGUGUGGAAGCAACUCUGGAGAGUUGUUGAAAGAUCUGAUUUGGUGGUCCAGAUUGUGGACGCCAGAAAUCCUCUUCUUUUCAGAUCAACCGAUUUAGAGAAGUAUGUUAAGGAGUUGAAUCCUUUGAAGAGAAAUUUGUUGCUCGUGAACAAGGCCGACCUUUUGACCUACCAACAAAGAUUAACAUGGGCAAACUACUUUAAAGAAAACGGUAUUAAGUACACAUUUUUCAGUGCUGCGAAGGCAAAUGAGAUAUUGGAAAAGCAAAAAGAGGAAGAGGAGGCUUUGAAAAGGUAUGCUGAUGAGCAUGAAGGAGAAUUGCCUCCUGUUUACAGAUCACAAGAAAAAACUGAAAGUGACGAAGAAUCUGAAAAUGAACUCGACAUAUCCGAACUAUCUGAAGAACAAAGGGCCGAGUUUUUGAAACUUCAAAAGGAGCUUGAUGAACUUGAAGAGUUGGAAAACGAAAUGCAAGACUAUGAUAUCGAUGACGAAGAUGAAGAUCGUGAUGAAGAUGAAGAACACCAUAAAGUAGAAGAGAACUAUUUUGACGAAGAGGAUGAACCCGAAGAUGCAGAUCUUCGUGAGAUGACCCGUAUUAUCACAGUUGAAGAAUUAGAGGAACUUUUCUUAAGAGUUGCUCCCGAGCCUCUCAGUGUACCACCAGAGGGACAGCCAAAGAGAUUACAAAUUGGUUUGGUAGGUUACCCAAAUGUUGGUAAAUCUUCGACAAUUAAUGCCUUAGUCGGAUCAAAGAAGGUUUCUGUUUCUUCGACCCCAGGUAAAACGAAGCACUUUCAAACAAUUUUACUAUCGGAUGAAGUGAUACUCUGUGAUUGUCCAGGUUUGGUUUUCCCAAACUUUGCAUACACCAACGGUGAAUUAGUUUGUAAUGGUGUUUUACCGAUCGAUCAGUUAAGAGAAUAUACAGGCCCAUGUCAACUUGUGUGCCAAAGAAUCCCUAAGUUUUUCAUCGAAGCAGUGUAUGGUAUAACAAUCCCUGUAUUGUCUGAAACAGAAGGUGGAACGGGUAUACCUACUGCUCAAGAACUUUUGACUGCAUAUGCUAGAGCAAGAGGUUACAUGACUCAGGGUUUUGGUUCUGCUGAUGAAAGUAGAGCUGCCAGAUACGUUCUAAAAGAUUUGGUGAGCGGGAAAUUACUAUAUGUUGAGCCUCCACCACAUGAUGACGGUUCAAAGGCGACUGAAUCUGAAUGCAGAGAGUUUAAUAAAGAGCUAUACAACAUAUCACAUCUACCUGAGCAGAGGAGGAACCAAUUGAUUCAAGCCAUCAAUGCGAAAGGUUUAUCCAUGAAAAAUUUUGACCUUGCUAAGGAUUUAGACAAGGUGACAUUUUCUGGUCAUUUAUCUGUUGAAGAUGAAUCAAACAAACAUCGGUCUAGAACUUAUGGUGGUAAGCAAGCAGCAUUGUAUAGUGCCUCGAACGAAUUAGACGACGAAUUUUUUCAUAUGAAGUCUGUCGAAGGGAAACUUACUGGCCCAUUUUAUAGAAACAAGGCUACGACGAACCAAGAGAAAAAACACAACAAGGCAAACAGGAAGCAGAAGACUAGAAGAUUGUUGAGCUAAUGUUUAUGGGUCCCGUCCUCUUUUUUUUUCUAUAUAAAGAUAAAUAUAAUAAUGCCAUAUGUAUACUAUACAUUUCUUUCCCUCCUUUAAUGAAACGCAUCAUCGCCCAAUUCCUCCGUAAGCUGUUGAAUUUCCCUUUCUAUAUCUUCUAAGUUUGAAUCAAGUGCCUUCAAGUCAUCGAACCUACGCUGUUUCUUGAAAUCUUGAUACAUACUCUCCACCACAUAUUUCUGCUCAUUAAGUACC